AUGCCCUACCGCAUAGACGACUCCAUAAUCUCCAAUUUCCUCACCACGCACACGCGCCCCAUCCGCCUCUCCUCCCUUCCCCAGGACCCCUCCUCCCAGCACUGCCCAAUCUGCCACCUCCCCUACGCCCCACAAGAUCCUUCCUAUGUGCACCCACUCCAUCCCCCAGACACACCUGAAUAUCCCGUGCAAGUUCGGUGCCGCGGACCCUGUAAGCAUGUUUUCGGAAGAAUCUGCAUUGAGAGACACAUGCGCGGGGGGCAACCUUGGAGCCACACUUGCCCGAUAUGUAGAGCCGAGUGGUUUCCGGCGCCGAAUGCGGGGCGCAGAGAGGUGCUGGCGGCUACCGAGAUUGCGCUGGAUGCGUUGGCGCGAAUUGAUGCGGCCGAUGUGGAGGUUAGAGCGGAGGUGGAGAGGGUGGAGGAGGCGUUGAGGAGGAUUAGGGAGGUGCUGUAUGGCUCACGGUGGAUUUAG